UCCCAACAUUUUCCAGCCGCUGCUCAACUUCCCCAAUCCAGAGCCAUAAGAAGGAGCUGAACCCCCCCGCGGCCCCCAGCCUGUGCCAGCGCCGCUGCCAUGCCCCUGGGGAUGUGGUGCCCAACUCUGCUGACCCUGCUGGUGCCCACUCUGGUGCCCACUCUGCUGGCCCAGGUGCAGCCUGAGCUGGAUGCCCACUGGGAGCUGUGGAAGAAGACCCAUGGCAAGCAGUACACAGGGCAGGCAGAGGAGGGGCAGAGGAGGUUGAUCUGGGAGAAGAAUCUCAACUACAUCAACAGCCACAACCUGGAGCAUGCCCGCGGGCACCACAGCUUCCAGCUGGCCAUGAACCACCUGGGGGACAUGACCAGCGAGGAGGUGGUGAGGACCAUGACAGGCCUGAAGGUGCCCAGGGGGCACCAACGCCACAACCACAGCCUCUAUGUGCCCGACUGGAGCCAGAGGGUGCCACCUGCCCUGGACUGGAGGAAGAGAGGCUUCGUCACCCCCGUCAAGAACCAGGGGCAGUGCGGCUCCUGCUGGGCGUUCAGCUCGGUGGGUGCCCUGGAGGGGCAGCUGAAGCGCAGGACCGGGCAGCUGCUGCCCCUCAGCCCGCAGAACCUGGUGGACUGCGUCGCUGCCAACGACGGCUGCGGGGGGGGGUACAUGACCAACGCCUUCGAGUACGUGCGCCAGAACCGCGGCAUCGACUCCGAGGAUGCCUACCCCUACGUCGGCCAGGACGAGAGCUGCAGGUACACCCCCACGGGCAAGGCUGCCAAGUGCCGUGGCUACCACGAGAUCCCCGAGGGCAACGAGAAGGCUUUGAAGAGAGCCGUGGCCAGGAUCGGGCCCAUCUCGGUGGGCAUCGAUGCCAGCCUGCCCUCCUUCCAGUUCUACAGCAGGGGAGUCUACUACGAUGAGAACUGCAAUGCCCAGAACAUCAACCACGCGGUGCUGGCCGUGGGCUAUGGCACCCAGAAGGGCACCAAGCAUUGGAUCCUCAAGAACAGCUGGGGUGAGGAUUGGGGCAACAAAGGCUACGUCCUCCUGGCUCGCAACAUGGACAAUGCCUGCGGCGUGGCCAACCUGGCAAGCUUCCCGCGGAUGUGAGCCUGGCACCGCCUGCUCUGCUGCCCACACACCCCCAGCUCCUGCUCCCCAGCCCCCUGCUCCCCUGCUCCCCUUCUCCCUUGCUCCCCAGCCCCCUGCUCCCCA